ACGAACCCAUAUUAUACGUAGCUUAAUAAAGAAGAGUUCCCCUCUACCUACUCAAAUGUCUAUCGGCACUUUGAGUGUGAUAUGCCAUUAACUCUCAGAUAGUUUAGGAAUAUAACUUUCCGAAGGCUCCCCAAACACGAUUUCCUUGUGAUGAAAACGAAGGUACGAGACGUCAUCUCAAUACAGGGGCACGUAUAACCCGACCUAUUCCCCUAAUCUUUGAGUUUCAUGUAGUUAAGGAUAAGUUACCUAUAUUCUAUCUACAUUGUACCCUUUAGUGUCUGACACACGAACAUUUAGCGAUUUAGGCCAACAGAAAUUACUUUGCUGGUUUCCCCCCCUUGGUUUAAGCACUUAGGUGGGCAACUAAUAGCAUAUACAACUAUAAACGGUCAUUGUUGUACCCAGUUGAACAAUAAAGUGACUAAAACAAAGGAUGAAACGAUUUGAUCAAAGGACUUUAAGAUGUUAUAACAUUCCAUUGCUUCCAAGAAAUGUAUGUAGUCAACAUCGGCAUCCAUCACCCACUUAUCAGCUACUUCCGUCACUCGCCAAUAGGACUCGCAUUAUUACGCCAGAAGUGACCAAUCAGUAAAUAUCCAAGAUUGAGAAUGUGUGUGAGAUAUAUAGAGUGGUAUCAUUGCUAUGAGUGUCAACAUGAGUUUAAUCAUCGAGUAGUCUUGAGGUCGUGUGCCAAAGCCGCGACGGAAAGUUGUAUGAAGGUUACACAACAACGAGAUGUUGUCUUGAGCUACGAGACUUGUAUUACUUGCAAGAUGUCUAGGAGGGCUGAGGAAAUCUGCCAGCAGAAAAUAUAUCGGCAGGUUCCUUUAUACUAUACUGUUAGAGAUGGAUGGUUCAUAAGGGAGAAUUUCUGGUAGUUUAGGUAGGUUUAUGACGAUCUGGGCUAACCGGACCUAUCGAACAGUUGGUAGGUUUAGUAAGAUAGGGUUGGUUAGAAGUUUAUUAGCAGUAUGUUAGAGUAGGUGAUUGGAGGUGAGGAAGAUAGACCGGAUCACAUUAAUAUUCCCGUUUAGUAUUGGGAAUUAUCAU